CGCGGGGUCUAUGGUUGCGGCUUGCCUCUGCUGGGGUGGGGUGCUGUGUUGCUGGUAUAGUUACGGGGCGGGUGGGUUUGUUUGUUCUACUCUUUUUAGUUUUUGGUAUUUGGGAAAGGGUAAAAUGGAAAGUAGAAUCUGCUUUGGGAGUACGAUCGUUUAUGUGAUAUGGCCGUUUUUCAGUGCUUGUGGGUAUAUGUUUAGAGCGUUACUUUUAUGUUGGUAGUAUACAGCCGGCUCUUUAUACUUGUAUAGACAGGGA